CAUUCAUUCGCGGAGGACAAUCUCUGUUCUUAAAGACGCAGGCGAGCUACCCACGUCCACAGGAGCGAGAGAAGGAGGAAAAAAACAGUCGUUCUGACUUCAUUCCUGUGCCUGAGGGGAACAGUUCCGCUGCACGCAGAUAUAAGGCAGCGCGUAAAGAUCCACACGGUCCUCCUGGCGCGCUGAAAUAGAGUUUCAAAGCGUUGCUUUGGUUGUUCAUGUGCAGCUGAAUAGAAAUUUGCGACAUAUCUGGUGCAAACCCAAAUCUGGAGCAAAUCUGACACGCCUUACAUUGUAGGAGGAGAUGGCCAAGUUUUUCCGUGCCGCUGUUUUGGGUCCGCCGGGAUCUGGAAAAGGCACGAUCUGUAAGAGAAUAGCAGAAAGCUUUGGCCUGCAGUACCUGUCCAGUGGCCACUUUCUGCGCGAGGGCAUUGCAGCCAACACAGAGGCAGGCGUGCUGGCAAAGACCUACAUAGAGAGGGGCAUGCUGGUUCCUGACCAAGUGAUGACCAGACUGAUGCUGCCCAAACUGGAGCAGCUGAAGAACCACAGCUGGCUGCUAGAUGGUUUCCCUCGUACACUGGCACAGGCUCAGGCCUUGAACAAUCUCUAUCAGAUGGACUUGGUCAUCAGUCUCAACAUUCCCUAUGAAACUCUGAGGGAGAGGCUGAGCGACCGCUGGAUCCACCCAGCCAGCGGGAGAGUCUACAACAUGGGCUUCAACCCCCCUCGAGUGCAGAAUGUUAAUAUGUUGGAAAAAGAAUCAAUUUCUUCUGGUCUUCUCCUUUCUGACCUCAGAUCACAAGGAAUCCUUCACUCAUUUUCUGGAACAGAGACUGACAAGAUUUGGCCUUACAUCAACACGCUCCUCAGCACCAAGAUGCCGUCAGACGCCCAUCCAACCCCAACGCCCUGACUGGGCUGCAUGAAGAGGCCAUGGAGAAGAAGGAGGAAGUGGUUCUUUUUGGUUGCUUUUUUUUUUUUUUUUUCACAUGCUGGAGUGAGAUUCCCAGAAAUGCACUAGGAUGCGAAUGAACCUAUUGGUUGAUUUUUAUUUUAUUUUUUUUCUAAAGUACCAUUGUGCAAACAUUUCCAAAGCUUUGUACUUGAGAUCACUAGGAUUUGUUGAUUAUCACCUUCUUAAAUGUUGGUGCUUCUAAGCUUCUUUUUUUUUUUCUUGUUUAUAACUUUCUUAUUUUCAAUCAUACUUCUGUAUUGAUGGAACAGGAGUGCUAAGGUAGGAAAAAAGGUAAAAUUAAUUAAUAAUAAAUUGCAAUUCAAGUGUUUUCAACCAAAAAAUAGAAUAGAGUGUGAUUUUAAAAAAGACCAAAAAUUAUUUCAUUCAUCUUUGCAGGUAUAUGCGCUCCAUUUUCGACUUGGGAAAGCAGAGAGAGUUACUUGUUGCUCUUAGCAACCAGGUCGACUACAAAAAGCAAACCAACCAGUAACUGCUUUUUUUUUUUUUUUCCUCUAUUAAAACACUGUAACAACAUUUUGUUCUGGCAAUUUGACAAUAGCUUUGUGUGCCUGGUUUAAUGAGAUAUAAAACUUGUGGAAACAAGUUGUUAUUGCAGCUAUCACUGCUUUUUAUUUGCUACGGUAUUUGUGCAGCAGCCAUACUGGAUUUUAAAGUGGAGUGUUGGUAAGGCAAACUUGACUCUAGUUGGUCUUCCACCUUCAGUUAGUUUCCAUUUGAUUAUAUCAUCCUUUAAAUGGGAAAUUUUGACACAACGCAUCAUAUUUAAAAUAGAAUGUUUUCUUCUCAUAUUUGUGCCCCAACAUGUGCCUGAUAGCAGUGGUGAUUAUGUUGCAGGCAUAAGUCAUCUGUUACAAUGUGUUGACCAUUUUGCCAGUUGUUGACCUUUUGAUUCGGUACACAGCAGUGUGAGCUUUUUUGGGAAUGGUGUAAACAUUAGUGGAUAUUUGCUAAAACGGUUCAUGCAGACAUUACAGCUUCUCUGCAGGCAUUUAAAGCUAAUUGCCUUGAAUGUUGGUACAUUUCCUUAAAUGUACUCCGAUGUUGCCUUCUGAUUUUUUUUCUAUGAAGUGCAACAUUUUCCCAAUGGUGUAUCUAUGUAAGAGGCAUUUUUUUAUGAUUCUGACACUGUUACAGUCUCCUUGUUCUUUUUUUAUAUGUCCUCUGUCAUUCAUUGUUGCUGAAUGAUUUUUUUUUGUUUCAAACAUGUCCCUCUGUUGUCUUUGCCUUUCAGCUUUUUUUCAUGGAGAAUAGUUCAGGUGCCAUCAUUAGGUUUUCUUCUUUAUAAUAAUAUGGUAAACUAUUCAAAAAAUGACAGCUGCUGAAAAAAAAAACAAAGAUAAGUUUGAAGCGUUUUUCCAGUUCUGUGGCCUUUUAGUUUCUAACUUGCUACCAAGUUUUUGGAGGUUCCUGCUUGAUGCCUAUAAAUGGCAGCUUUAAAUCAGUGACUGGUAGAGGGCAGAAAGCCUUUUUUUCCUUUUUUAGUUUUGGAUCUAAGGAUUGCUAAUGCUGGGUAUUUUACUUUAAAUUGUCUCUGACUGUGGAUGGAAGACAAAAGGAAAAGAAACUAGGUCAAGAGGUAACGUGGAGUACUGUGCUUCAGGUGUAGUUUCUGUUGUGUUGAAAUGCACCCAUUGGGCUCAGUGUGUGGCCUUAAAGAAGGUCUCUUACUGAAGCGGUGAAAAUGUAAGUCACAGCUUUUAUGUAACACCACAGAGACCUUUCUGUUUUCACAUGAUGUGUUAAGAAGAAGUUACAUUCCAAGAACAAUAAAACUUCUGUCCAAAGCA